GAAGCUGAAGCUUUGAAUUAAGAAAAAUGGGGAUUUGAGAUUUCGUCUCCAGGACAACCAUUUCGUUGAAUGGGGAUUUUUUUGGGGUUUUCUCUAUGCAACCCAAGUUUUAUUUGCUUCAGAAAGCCAUGGAAUUUUUCAAUCAACGGCGGUUGUGAUUUCACUAAUUUGUGAGAGCAGUGAUUAUGGUAGCUAGCAGGGCGAAGGCGAGGGUUUAGGUUAGUUGGGAGAAAAGUAAUUUUAGCUGUUUGAUUUCUAACGAGGAUGGGUGGCUCGACGAAGCUGGCGGCGUGGAUCUGGAAGAAUGGUGGCCGGCGGGAGUUGGUGUAAUCGGGUAAUUCCAAUUGCGGCCUGAUUCGGCGAGAGUUUGAACCUAAAACGUCUUGAAUCGGGCAUCGCAGCGGGACAUCCAAUCCCCACCCACCCCUUCCACCUACCAUCAUCUAUACCUUCCCCUUUCCCUCUGUUCCCACUGAUCUCGACGAGCUCCGCCGUCAAACGGCUAUGCAGCUGAAUGCGCCAUAGGUCACAUCGCCGGAGCCUCCGUGGCGAGGCCGUGGAAUUUGAGGAUGAGGAGGGCGGGUUGCAAGGCUCCAAUCGGCGACGGCGGUGGUGCUAAGGGGGUUAGAAUCGAGGAGAAAAAGGCGAAUUACUCGCCGUUGAGGAGUGAUGGUAACAAUGGUGUGAAGUCGCCGAGGCUCCAAUCGGCGAUGGCAGUGCUGGAUGAACGAUGACAACAAAAACAAAUUCCUGGGUGGAGUUGACAGCAUUGGUCCGUCGCAGUCUAUCCGUAAUGGAACGACCUUAGUUUCAAACGAUGGAAGCUUUGAGCUUGGUUUCUUCAGUCCAGGUAGUUCCAAGAAUAGUUACUUGGGAAUUUGGAUCAAGAAUGUCCCGGUAAGAGCUGUUGUUUGGGUUGCAAACAGAUGCAAACCAAUCAAUGACUCGUCCGGCACAUUAAUGUUAGACAUAACCGGCAAUCUUGUGUUGUUUGGUCAGAAUAAGAGUGUUGUUUGGUCGACAAACAUAGUUAAACACGCCCAAAGUGCAACGGUACAGCUAUUAGAUUCUGGAAAUUUGGUGGUAAGAGAUGUGAAAGAUGGAAAUUCAGGAACCUAUUUGUGGCAAAGCUUCGAUUAUCCUUCCGAUACACUGUUACCGGGAAUGAAGUUGGGAUGGGACUUGAGGACAGGUCUAAAAAGGCGUUUAUCAGCAUGGAAGAAUGCAGAAGAUCCGUGUCCAGGUAACAUCACAUAUGGGAUUGAAAUGGAACUUGAAGCAUACCCUCAAGCAUUUAUUCGGAAUGGAACUGCAAAGUUCUACCGUAGUAGCCUAUGGAAUAACCUGACAUUCUGUGGUGCGCCAGAAAAGCCUAGUUCCCGUUUUGCUUUCAACUUUGUGUACACUGACGAUGAAGUGUACUACACAUACAAACAUAAAGUUCAGAUAAUCUCAAGAAUAGUUUUGAACCAAACCAUAGGUAAAUGUGCUCGCUAUUAUUGGGAUGCCAUAGAUCCACAUUGGGGGCAGUUUUCGUCAAGGCCUAGGGAGCAGUGUGAUCAGUAUCACCUCUGUGGAGCCAAUGGAAAAUGUACUUUUGACAAUAAUCAGGUCUGCCAAUGUCUGAAAGGAUUUAGGCCUAAGUCUCAAGAAAAAGGGAACUUGACCGACUGGUCUCUUGGAUGUGUGCGCAACAAACCUUUAAGCUGCCAAGAAAAGGAUAAGGAUGGUUUUCUUAAUUUCACUAGCCUAAAGUUGCCCGAUACUACACACUCUUGGGUGAACCGAAGUAUGAAUCUCAACGAAUGCAGAGCAAAAUGCUUGGGCAACUGUUCUUGUACGGCUUAUACGAGCUCAGAUAUGAGAGGAGGUACUGGCUGUGCCAUUUGGUUUGGUGAUCUACUAGAUAUCAGGGAGCUUGUGACUGCUGGGCCGGAUCUAUAUGUUCGACUGUCAGCGUCAGAAUUAGCUUUAGGUACUUCAUCCGGCAGCCAUGAAGAAGGAAAUGAUGGUAAAUGGAAGAUACCAUUGAUGGUUGUAGUUGCAAUCACAGUAAUGUUUUCAGGAAUUCUGUUAGUUGGAUACAUUCGGCGAAGGAGGAAAAACCUAAGAGAAAAAACAGAAUUGGGAGAAAGAGAUCAGAGCAAUGAAGGGGAAGGAAAAGAGAACCUAGAGUUGCCACUCUUCGACUGGAAUGAAAUAGCUAGUGUGACAGAAAACUUUUCAACCGAAAACAAGCUAGGAGAAGGUGGCUUUGGACCUGUUUACAGGGGGACACUAGCAGAUGGACAAGAAAUUGCUGUGAAGAGGCUUUCUAGAAGUUCUGGUCAAGGAUUGGACGAGUUCAUGAAUGAAGUUGUACUGAUUGCCAAACUUCAGCACCGAAAUCUGGUAAAGCUUCUUGGUGGUUGUAUUCAUGGAGAGGAGAAAAUGCUGAUAUAUGAAUACAUGCCCAAUGGAAGCCUAGACUCCUCGAUUUUCGAUAGAACCAGAGAAGAACAACUCAUAGAUUGGCCUAAACGUUUCCACAUUAUUUGCGGAAUUGCUCGCGGUCUCCUAUACCUUCAUCAAGAUUCCAGGCUAAGGAUUAUUCAUCGAGAUCUAAAAGCAAGUAAUGUAUUGCUUGAUGAUGAGAUGAAUCCGAAAAUUUCAGACUUUGGCUUGGCUAGAAUAUUAGUUGGAGGAGAUCAGGCUGGUGGAAAUACAAACAGAGUGGUUGGAACAUACGGUUACAUGGCACCUGAAUAUGCCGUUGAUGGACAAUUUUCUGUGAAAUCCGAUGUCUUUAGCUACGGUAUACUGGUGCUAGAGAUCAUUAGCGGAACAAAAAACAAGGGAUUCUACAAUAAAAACAGCCAUAACCUUAUUGGACAUGCAUGGCGAUUAUGGAACGAAGGAAGGCCUUUGGAAGUGAUUGAUACAGGUUUAGGAAAUUCGUUUUCUCUAUCGGAAGUGUUACGUUGCAUCCAUGUUAGUCUCUUAUGCGUGCAACAUGAACCUGAGGAUAGGCCAAGCAUGGCAUCUGUAGUUAUAAUGUUGGGAAGUGAUGGUGCAUUGGCUCAGCCUAAACAGCCUGGUUUCUUUAUCGAAAAUGAAUCAUAUGAAGCAGGUCUGUCUUCAAAUAACCAAACAUCUUCUACCAACGAAGUAUCCAUUACGCAUUUGGAGGCUCGUUGAGGCUCUUUUUUUUGUUUUAAAAUUGGUUUGUACUGCUUAUUAAGCUAUUCAUCUCAGAUUACAUCUUCGCUGUCAAGUUAUCAACUAUUGUUCAAAAUACACUGUAACAUUAUAAAUUUGUGACUUAGAUCCUCUCCACAA